AUCGAACCCACUUGGUUCUUAAUUGGAACAUGUGGGAGGCUUCAUUCUGCUUAGACUUAUAAUCAUCUUCACUACAAGAGCUAUAGGAAUACGAGAAUAUAAACUCUUGCAAAAGUUACCACCUACUUCGGACACAUACAAUCCAUCAAGAUGCCUGCCAACCCUCGCAUUCCAUCAUCGGCCUCAAAGCUUCACAGUCUGCUUGUGCCACGGCCCCCGACACCUUGUCUGCUUUCGCUGCGAUCCAUCUGGCAGCCAGCCGCGAUCCAUACGCCGAGAAGCGUGCAGGCUCGUUUUAACAGCGGCGUGACCAAGGACUGGAAGGGUACUGGGUCGGAGGAUCAUGCAGUUGACCGAACACAGAAGCGGGACACUACAGACCCAACGACAGAUGCGGCAGCCUCAGUGAUGAAGGACAGGGAGGAGGGUGAGGGUAUCGCCAAUGGAUCGAAGCCUCAGGGAGCAACGGAAAGGGGGGGUACGCAGCAUGGGAAAAAGGCGAAGCAACAGCACCCAAACGCACCAGAACCGAUUAUCGGAAUGAAUGAUGAGAGAGGCCAGAAGGGCCACUAAGCGCACGACCAUAUCUUGGUCUCUGAGCCCUUAAGAAUGGUCUAUACGAUAUUAAAAGAUACUCAGCUUGGAGUUGUAUCAUCUCAAGUAUUGUUUCAUUAUCACGUUGACUGUACAUAAAUUGAAUAGCAGGAUCUAUCGGCCAGGUUUAAACGAGAGCAC